AAGCUAGGGAGACGUUUUUUUUACUUUGAUGGCGGCAGUGGUAGCGGCAGUGGUAAGCGGGAUUCACUUAUUAAACUGACUUUCGCUUUCCCAUGUUGAACUUCCCGCUCGCUCGAUCUUAUUGUGGGUUAUGUUACCAAGAUCUUGGAGUCCUCCGUAUACCGGCGGUUUGAAGACCCAUCAAUGCAUAUGUACGGCUGUCGCGGCCGAACAGCGGAACAGAAGUGGAUGACAAUGACAUUAAGAGCCCCCCCCCCCCUCCCCCAGCAAUACGUGGCAUUCGGUAUCGCAUCGGGUACAGACAGGCACAUGUCCUGCGGUCGCUUCCUGUACUUGGCCAAGAGGGGGAGGGGGGGGUGCCACCGUGAGAACGCACGGAAGAAAUGGGUCCAGGGUCUUAUUCCUUUGCGCACUUGGACGGACGAGCGAUUGGAUGGAAGAGACAAGGGUGGAGGAAGGGAAGGGGGAGACCUACGGAUGGCCACGCGAUAUGCGUGCGUGCCUUGGCUCUUUUCGCCGUAAAUACCACCGUGGCGCGGUUGACGUUACUGUCAUGGAUGUGCUGAAAGCAAUAGGAAUAGUAUCGAAGUACGUAACAUGGGUCGGUUCCUCUUGGAAGGUGUGCUGGAAGUCGCCGUCUCUCGCUCCGCUCCUCCGACAGUCCAUCCUGUACCUAUCUCACCCUCCGCUCUCACACAGCCAGGAAUCCAUCGGUAAGAUUGUAUAUUUUUUUGUUGCUCGAGCGAAUGACCAAGGCACUACCUGGUCUAAGUACUGGCCAGGACAGCGCACAGUGUACUUCGGACCUGCACGCUCCGAACCAAAGCUGAAAAAGAGAAGAGGGAAAAAAGAUUGGAAAGGAAAAAGAGCGGUACACUAGUGAUGGGCUAAGCUGAGGCGUGAGAUUGGAGAGAGCAAGGACAGGGUCUCUAGCCCAUAAUAGUCUCUUUUUCUGACUCAGUUUGCACGAC